AUGAUUCCUCGCUUGGCGCUCAAGCGCUCGCUGAACACGUUCGCAGCUGUACGGACACCGUACGCGGUUUCCCCGGCGCUCAUGCAGGCGCGUACGUACCACGAGAAUGUGAUCGACCACUACGAGAACCCUCGUAAUGUAGGCGCUAUGGACAAGAACGCCAAGGACGUGGGUACUGGCCUCGUCGGUGCUCCUGCUUGUGGAGACGUGAUGAAGCUGCAGAUCCAAGUGGACGAGCACGGCACGAUUGUCGACUCGAAGUUCAAGACGUUUGGCUGUGGCUCGGCCAUUGCGUCCUCGUCGGUGGCCACUGAGUGGCUCAAGGGCAAGAGUGUGGACGAGUGUCUGAAUAUCAAGAACACGGACAUUGCGUCGCACUUGAAGCUGCCGCCGGUCAAGCUGCACUGCAGUAUGUUGGCGGAAGACGCUAUUAAGGCGGCGAUCUCGGACUACAAGCGCAAACAGAGUGCGUCGGAGUAA